AUGGCCUCAAAAAGAAACAAAUUGAGCAGAGGCAAGCCAAAAUCUUUGUUUAGAGAUGAUGAAUCUAACCACGAUCCAUAUUCUGACGAUGAUGGUGAAUAUGGUUCAGACCACAAUUACGAGCCCGCUGAUGAAGAUGAAGAUAGCAGCAGUGACUACAGUGAAAUUUUCGAUGUUCAUAGAAGUCGCUUUGAACGGAAUAGACAAAGGAUUGGGUCUGAAAGCGAGAAGUCGUAUCAUGGUUCUGCUGGCGAUCAAAGCGAUAAUGGCGAGCAGUUAGACCAGAAUUCUGUUAAUGAAAGAAACUUUGAUGAAACCGAACGUGAUUCCGACAAAAGCGAUUGUAGUAUUUUCGAUCACCAUCAAAUUCAAGUAGCAGGGAAUGAGAAAGAAAGCAGCGUUCAAAGGUAUGAAAGUCAAGAGAACAAUGCUGUUAGACAUCAUAAAGAUAACAAUGAUAUUCACUUACAACAAAAUUAUGAGCUAUCGGAAUAUAGAAAUCAACAAGUCGAAGAAGAAAUAAGAAUGAGUCUGGAGAUUAAUGAGGUGAUUGUACGUCGAGGGACUCCUCCACCAAAUGACACAAUUUGGGAAGAUACUGUCUCAAAUAUUGCUUCUAUUGACUUUAGAUCUCCAGAGAAAGGCCCGACAUUUGAAGUUCAUGAAAAUACCACAUGCGAGGAAGUAUUUGACCAUUUAUUUACCACAGAGAUGAUAGAGUAUUUGGUUGAACGAACAAAUUCCUAUGGAGCUGCUCUUACCAAAACAAAUAGGCCACAUACACGUCAUGCACGCAAUGCUGCCUUUCGAGUAACAAAUCCUGAAGAGAUGAAAAAAUUUUUAGGUCUUACUUUAUUAAAUGGUCACAUUCGUGUUCCACAACAAAGGAAACUUUUUACAUAUGACGACCCCUUGUAUUUUCACCCUGUCUUUAACUAUACAAUGUCUUGCAGAAGGUAUGUGCAAAUUUUAAGAUGUCUGUAUGUAGCUGAUUUGGGUGCGAAAGGGUCUGGAAAAAUUGAAGGUUUUAUAAACACAGUGACUCAAAAUUUUCGAAAUGUAUUCAAUCCAGGUCAAGACUUGUCUCUUGACGAGUCUUUGCUACUUUAUAGAGGACGAUUAAUAUUUCGUCAGUACAUAAAAUCAAAAAAAGCUAGGUAUGGCAUAAAGUUUUACGUUUUAACUACAGCGGAUGGAUACGUUUUAAAUAUUAUAAUGUAUAGCGGAGCAGAAAAUAUUGAAGCCAAUGAAAGGAGGACUGACAAACUGGUACUGCGUUUAAUGCGCCCAUAUCUUUUAAAAGGGCAUAACUUAUUUAUGGACAAUUACUACAAUUCAGUGACCCUUUCUGAAAAAUUACUUGACUUGAAAACACACACCAACGGCACGCUGCGUAAGACAAGAAAAGACAAUCCUAAAGAAAUUGUACAAAAGAAACUCCAAAAAGGCCAGCAUGUGUGGGCUAGGAAAGGAAAAGUCUAUGUAAGUGCCUGGAAAGAUAAAAGAGACGUCUAUAUGGUUACCACCAUGGAUCAUCCAGCGCUCAUUGAAGUCACAAACCGAUUUGGAAAAAAGAAAACUAAACCCAUAGAAGUGAACAGAUAUAACAAAUCCAUGUCCGGUGUUGAUCGCUUGGAUCAGAUGAUAAGUUAUUAUUCAUCACCAAGAAAAACUAUAAGGUGGUAUAAAAAGGUCCUAUUUCAUAUUAUGGACACCACAGUUUGGAAUUCCUUUUACAUUUAUAAAAAUUUUGUGAAAAAAGAUAAGAAGUAUGAAAUGAAUGUGCUUCAAACUGAAUCACAGCUUCAUGAAAAUAUUGAACGCAGUAAGGUAGAAACGCAGGACAACUUUUCUCAGCCAAAUUCAGGAAACCAUGGACAUUGGCCGACUCGCAUGAUGCCAUCUGCAAAUUCUAAGAAGAAGUACGCAUUUUUGACAUGUAAGCAAUGUUCGAAACAAAAGGUACGACGUGACACAAGUUACUUCUGUAAAGGUUGCAAUAAUUCUCCAGCACUUUGUCCUUCAUGUUUCGAAGAUUGGCAUAAAGAUUUGUAA